CCCUCUGUCACACCCUUGGAACCGACAUAAGAACGUACGAACUCCCUCGUGUGCACCGCGGUGAUGCCGCCGAAGAUCGUAGAUCCUCGCGAACCGCUUGCCGCAGCAGCGCUGACCGUACUUGUACGUGCAGACGAAGGUCGUACGCGUAAUUGUCUCGCUUCGAAAUGAAAGAUUUGCAUGCCUGUGGAUUAUUCCCGAUUAUUACCCAGAAGCUGAUGGGGUCGAGUCGCAGCGAGGUUGGGCGUGUACACUUACACUUCCUUGGCGUCUGCACUGGAUUGAUUUCCUAUUCCAGCAUUCUCGGCUCUACUCUGCACGUCGGCUGUACUCGUGCUCGUGCUUGUGGCACCAGAUGGAAUUUUAUACCCAUGAUGUGUCUGAUCUACAAUAAGAUCGAUGUCGGGAGUGCCCGUCCUGGGAAUUGGUCGAAGUCGCUAAUGCCAGUGCCGGGGGAUAAUAAAUCUCCAGAUGAGGUGAUGGUGACCAAGGGACUGGACGUUGCACCACUCUCCCCCGCGGUAUUGUUGGGGUCCAGGCGGGGGCAGGUUCUCAGACGUGGUACAACGUUGACCAGUUUGUCGGAUGCAGCAGCAGUCGCUGCCGCGUAUGAAUCCAUGGAUGGCGGCGAACACGAUUUAGCUAGAAGAUUACUAAAAUACUCGGAAGGGGAUUUGCAAUGCUAGAUUUCAUGCGCGUAUUCGCACAGCCGUGUGCGGUGCCUUCAGGCAGAACUACGUAUUCGCUGUCGAUGAUAUCCAUGUAUACUUACCCCGUGCAAAUUUGGGGACAAACCUCUUGGGAACUUCUUAAGAUUGGUUGCAGAUCCAGAGUCGAGGAUCCAGAGUCGAGGAUCCAGAGUUUUAGAGUUCAGAG